UGAAAUGGCAGAAAAUUUGCAGAAACGAGUAAUGGCAGAGAAAAAAAGAAAUUACAAGUGGUGUUUUGUGCCUUCAUGCACUCAAAACAAUAUCUGUUCUCCAUCAACAAUUUUCCUGUCAGUGCCAAAAGGAGAGAUUCGAAGAAAAUGGUUCGAAAUCUCAGGCCGAACUGAUGCUUCAACUAUAUCGCUGACUAGUAGUUUGUUUUGUUGUGAACACCAUUUCAAUUUAGAGGAGGAUGUUGAAAAUUACAUGCAAGUCAGGUUCAUUCCAAACGUACUCAUUCGCUUAAAGAAUGGAGUUAUGCCGACAAAAUUUGCUUGCCAGCCUCAUCGAGAAACAUCAGAUGCAAGCAACAUUAAUGUUAUUAAUAUUGAUCGUCCAUCAACUUCAAAAAGAACUUUUGAAUUUGACGAUAGAUGCAUCACAGCUGAUGCAUCACCAUAAUCUUUACCUUCAGCCCUGUAAAAUACAGAUAUUGAUUGUGGAACUAUAUUAAACUUUUAUAUAUAUUGAAUGUAUGUAAAGUGUGUAAACACCUUUUAGCUUUAACACCUCUUGUCUCUGCCACGUUAAAAAAUUCAUUUUCACUAAAAAAGUCAGCAACCAUUAAAACGUUUAAUUUUGGUAAAUUAUCCGAUUGAGCUUUAACAAAACCUGUAA